GAGAAUAAAGAAGAAAUCAGUGUUGACUCCAACUUAUAUGACGUCUAUGUCAUACUGCUUGAUUCAACAGCUGCAUCACAGGCAACAAGGAACCUCCCACGUACAUUUCAAUUCUUGGAGAAAUCCAUGGAUGCGGUCACUUUUCCAUAUGUGAACAAAGUUGGACUCAACAGUCGUCCAAAUGGCGUGGCUCUUUGGUUUGGCAAAAGUAUGGAGCAAGUCGAUCGAUCGCUUUUUGGUCUUCCCAGUUUGGAACCCGAUUGGACAUUUGAAAGUUUUUGUCAGAGAUACAUGGACAAUGAGACGUCAUUGUUCAAGGACUACGCAAAUAAAGGAUACAAAACCCUUCUCGCCGAGGACUGGAUGAAAGGAACGCUGAAUUGGCCAGGCUGUCUGGGAUUCAAAAAGCAACCGACCGAUCAUUACAUGAGGCCAUUUCAAGUAGCACUCGAGAGAGACGCAAGCAAACUGCUCAAGAAAACGUACAGUCCAGAAAACUGCAUUGAGCAGCAUCAAGACAUUCUUCGAUACCUACAGGAGUUCAUGAAUUCUUACAAGGAUCAUCCAAAAUUUGGUUGGAUUUGGCUUUCUCUACUUGGCCAUGAUCACGAAAGUGGUGUGAUUCAUGCGGAUGCUGAUUUCCAACGUUUCCUACUUGAUAACAAGAAAAAGCUCGAAGAUUCGUUCGUAAUCUUCAUGGGAGAUCACGGGCUUCGUGGCGGCAAGGUGACUCGUACUAAACUAGGCAGUCUCGACGUGAACAAUCCGAUGUUUUCGAUGUCAAUACCAAAGGAACUCCGAGAAAGUACUGAUGUCCUCAGUAUUCUGAAGGAGAAUGCUGCUCGCUUACAGACACCCUACGACAUUCGUGCCACUCUUCUGGACAUUCUCAAAUAUCAACCGGCCGUCAACUUCACGGAUCGCCAGUACAUGAAAAUCCCUGGAGAGUACGGUACAUCAUUUUUGCGAUCGCAAACCGAUGUGGAGAGGACAUGCAAAAAUCUACCCAUUCCUGUCACAUACUGUACGUGCCAGUAUCCCAUGGAGAAACUGAAAAGGUGA